AUGGGGAAAGGCAUCUUCCUCAGCAAAGCGGUAGCAGUGACCUGUGUGGUUGCAGCCAUCGGUGCUGCGGCCACCAUCAUAGCCCUGUCUGUGGUGUUUGCUCAGGAGAAGUCGAAGAAUGAAGCAUUAUCUUCAUCCACAGCCAGCCCCAAUACCAUCCCCCCUGUCUCCACCACCCCCUCCACCCCGAAGGAGCCCUGGGACCAUUACAGACUUCCACACUCCCUCGCUCCUGUCUCCUACAACGUCACCCUGUGGCCCCGGCUGAAGCCCGACGCAAACGGCCUGUACAUCUUCACCGGACACUCAGUGGUGGUGUUCAGGUGUGUGAAGGAGACUGACCUCAUCAUCAUCCACUCCAAUAAGCUCAACCUCACCAAGUUCGAGGGUCACCUUGCUAAACUGACGGGGCUCAAUGGAGCCACUGCCCCCGGCCUGAAAACAUCCUGGCUGGAGAUUCCCACCCAGUUCCUGGUGUUGCAGCUCAACAGCCCGCUGCAGGCCGGCAGCUCAUACGAGCUCUUCACAGACUUUGUUGGGGAGCUGGCUGACGACCUGGGAGGAUUCUACAGGAGUGAAUACUUGGAGGAUGGGGAGAAAAAAGUUGUGGCCACGACUCAAAUGCAGCCAACGGAUGCCAGGAAAGCGUUCCCCUGCUUCGAUGAGCCGGCCAUGAAAGCUGUCUUCCACAUGACUCUCAUUCACCCCCCCGAGACGGUGGCUCUGUCCAACUCCAUCAGCUACGACCCUGUUAACGUCACUCGGGAUGGACACAGUUUAUUCCAGACGGCUUUUGAACCCACAAAGAUCAUGUCAACCUACUUGCUGGCUUUUGUUGUGUGUGAGUUCACAUUCACUACGACGAACACAACCGAAGAAGUUUUGAUCAGGAUCUGGGCUCGCAGGAAGGCCAUCGAGGAGGGUCAUGGAAACUACGCCCUGGAGAAGACCGGGCCCAUUCUGAAAUUCUUUGAACACUACUACAAUUCUUCUUACCCCCUGAAAAAGUCAGACCAGAUCGCUCUUCCUGACUUCAGUGCUGGAGCCAUGGAGAACUGGGGCCUGAUCACCUACAGAGAAACCGCCCUCUUGUACAAUCCUGGCGUUUCAUCCAAUGGAGACAAGGAGUGGGUGGCAACAGUCAUCUCGCAUGAGCUCGCUCAUAUGUGGUUUGGGAACUUGGUGACUACGCGGUGGUGGAACGACUUAUGGCUCAACGAGGGGUUUGCCACCUACGUCUCUUAUCUCGGAGCCGACUAUGCUGAACCAAAUUGGAAUAUGAAAGAUUUAAUAGUUCUGAAUGAGGUCAUUGGUGUGAUGGGUGUGGAUGCUUUGGUCUCCUCCCACCCACUCUCAUCCAAAGAGGAGGACGUCAUGAGGCCAGAGCAGAUCAGUGAGCUCUUUGACUCCAUCACAUACAGCAAGGGAGGUUCAGUCCUCAGGAUGCUCUCAGAAUUUCUCACCGAGGACGUCUUUUCCAGAGGACUCCAAACGUACUUAAAGGAGUUCCAGUAUAGUAACGCAGUCUACACAGACCUCUGGAAACACCUGCAAAUGGCAGUGGCUGAGUCCAGCAUAGUGCUGCCCCACUCUGUGGAGGUCAUCAUGAACCGGUGGAUCCUACAGAUGGGGUUCCCAGUGGUCACCAUCGACACAAAGACUGGAAACAUUUCCCAGAAACAUUUCCUGUUGAACCCCGACUCUGUAGUGAAUAGACCCUCAGAGUUCAACUACGAGUGGUUUGUCCCUGUUACGUGGAUUAACACUGGUGGAGCUGAACAGUCGUACUGGCUUCUUGAUAAAGAAGCAACAAACAUAAACAUGAGUCUUGGUGCUAAUGAGUGGCUGGUGGCCAACAUAAACAUGACGGGCUUCUACAGAGUCAACUACGACACUGAAAACUGGGAGAGCCUCCUCGCCAAGCUGAGCACCAAACAUCAGGAUAUUCCAGUGAUCAACCGAGCUCAACUUAUCGACGACGCUUUUAACCUCGCAAGGGCGAAGAUGGUGAGCACAACUCUGGCUCUGAGGACGACCAAGUUCCUCGAUAAAGAAGUGGAAUACAUGCCCUGGGAGACAGCCAGACGCAACCUGAACUACUUCUUCCUGAUGUUUGACCGCAGUGAAGUGUACGGGCCCAUGCAGGCUUACCUAAAGAAACAGGUCACUCCUUUGUUCAACCACUUCAAAGAGCUCACUGUCAACUGGACAAAGAUCCCAGAGAGUCACACCGACCAGUACAACCAGGUGAAUGCAAUCUCCAUGGCCUGCAGUACUGGAGUGGAAGGCUGUAAGGAGCUGACCACUGGCUGGUUCAGAGAGUGGAUGAAAAAUCCAUCUCUCAACAAAAUUAGUCCCAACUUGAAGUACACAGUGUACUGCAGUGCGAUCGCAGCAGGCGGAGUGGAUGAGUGGGACUUUGCUUGGUCCAUGUUCAAGAACGCCACCAUUGCUUCUGAGGCUGAUAAGCUCAUGUCUGCUCUGGCCUGCACCAAACAGCCCUGGCUGCUGAACAGGUAUCUGGAGUAUUGUCUGGACCCAGCGAAGAUCCGUAAGCAGGAUGCCACCUCCACCAUCAUUACCAUUGCUAGUAACGCCAUCGGUCAGCCUCUGGCAUGGGACUUUGUCAGAGCCAAAUGGAACCAUAUAUUCAACGACUAUGGCGGAGGAUCUUUUUCCUUCGGAGGACUAAUUAAUGGACUGACCAAACGAUUCGCCUCUGAGUUUGAUUUGAAACAGUUGAAGGACUUCAAAGAAGACAAUGCCGGGCAGUUCGGCUCGGCCACCGCGGCUCUCGAGCAGGCGCUGGAGAGAACCGAGGCCAACAUGCAGUGGAUGGCCGUGAACAAGGACGAGGUGCUGAACUGGUUCAACAGUGAAACUUCUCCGCUUUAACUCUCCAGAUUGUUUUUAAUUUUUACUCUAGCUGGAACCAAAUGUGUUGUUAUAAAUGUUCUUAAUGUGAUUUUGAUUAAACAUUUUUAUGAAUAAAGACUAUUUUAGCAAAA